AUGAGAGCUGAUGACUUACUUGCUUCAAGGUUUGGUAUUACUCUUGGAUCUCUGCAUGUCAGAUAUUUAGGACUUCGCCUUUGCUUCCACACAAAAUGCGAGCUCAUGACUACCAACCUCUGUUGGAUAAGGUUCGGGCUAGGAUCACCAAAUGGUAAGUCCGAUAUCUUUCUUAUGCCAUGCGGCUUCAACUAA